UUUUCUCAUUUUUCUGUCGUUUUUUUCAUUUUGGUUAUUGUUCGAUAUAAAUAUUGAUUUUUGAGUUUAUUCUCAUUUUGUUUUUUUUUUGCCUUAGAUUUAGAAAAUAUUUAAGAUUCAAAAUUAUUAAAGAAAUACAUACUUAGCUUAAGAUAUGUGCCUUGUGCAGAAUAAAUAUUUUAUAUUUAUUACUUAUUUUAUGUUUUUCUGCAUAUUAUAAAAUAAUAAAAUAAUUUUUAUAUAUUAAAUAACUAAGAAAUCAGUUACUAUUAUUUAAUAAAUUGGCGUGCACAUAUAAAUCAAAUGACCGCUCUUGUUUAUUCGCAAUCAUUUUAGAAUAAAUAAAUCAACACAAUCAAUCUUAUCUAUCAUAUAUUAUAUGUAAUUAAAUUUAAAUGAUAUUAACAUAGAUAUAUAUAUAGUAUACUUUUAAUAUGGAUAUUUAUUAAUCAUAUGAGUUUAUGAUUAUUUGCAUAUUUUUGUUACAAAAUUUUACACCAACGAUUUUUCUAAUAAUGUUUAGUGGUUUCAAUAAUUUAUAAUCAUUUUAAAAAACAAUGAUGAUUUCAAUAGUUUAUAGUGUUUUCAUUAUGAAUAUUUAUUAAAUAAGGUUUCUACUCAUAUAAUUUUAUGAUUAUUUGCAUAUUUGUGUAACAAAAUUUUACACCAACAAUCUUUUUAUAAUGUUUAGUGGUUUCAAUAAUUUAUAAUUAUUUAAAAAAACAAUGAAGAUUUUACACCUACGAUUUUUUAAUAAUGUUUAGUGGUUUAAAGUAUAUAUAUAUAUAUAAUAUACUUUUAAUAUGAAUAUUUAUUAAAUGAGGUUUUUGCUUAUAUGAUUUUAUGAUUAUUUGUGUUAUAAAAUCUUACACCAACGAUUUUUUUGUAAAGUGGAAUGUUUAAUGGUUUCAAUAAUUUAUAGUUAUUUAAAAAAAACAAUAAAUAUUUUAAAAUUAAAAUAUUAACUUUUCAAUAUAUGUUCAACGUAGAUAUCAAAAUAUAAGUAUGUAUUUUCAUAUGAUGUAUAUAGUUUAGUUUAAACGAUAUGAUAUAUAUAUAUAUAUAUAUUAACAUAAACACCUAUUAAAAACCGGGCCUCGUGGUCUGGUGGUAAAGGAACCUCGGCUGAGGUGCCCGACAUCACGAGUUCGAGCUCCGGCCACAGCGAAUUUAACAUGGUUUCCGUUUGGCCUCCAGGACCUUCCUCGCCAGUUCCGGUUGGACGCGGUGGGAUAGUCGGACUAAGUGAGAGGUCCGGAUACCUGGAUUAUCAAAAAAAAAAACACCUAUUAAAAUAAAAUUAUUUAUUCAUAUGAUUUUAUAAUCAUUGUAUCUUAUUAUAGAAAAAAUUUAAAUCUUGAUCACAAAAGUUUAUGUGAGACUUUUAACAGUUUUAGUAAUUUUGAAAAAUUUAAAAUACAACAUAUACAAAAAAUCUAAAUUUUUAUUAUAUGAUUAAUGUAAUUAUGUAAUUUAUUUUACUAAUAAAUAAUUAAACAUAAAUGAUAGAAAGUAUACAGAUUGUUAACAAAUCUUUAUUAUUUAAAAUCUUUAAUUGUCAUGUAUAUCUUAAUCAUAUUAGGUAAUUUCGUAGGUUUUAUUUAAGAAAAAAAUUCAAUUUGAUAAAUGAAUGAUCCAUAAUUGACAUACUAUAUAAUAUAACAUUUCCUAUCAAUUUAAUUUUGGACUAACAAAAUUAUCAAUUGAUUCUCAAGCCGCCACGUAAGCAAAAUUAACAUUCUAGUUACGUGACAACUCAACAUUGGAUUUUUUUAAUUAAUACAAACUACAUGUUAUAACUUUUUAAAUGUGUAUCUGUUUAUAUAUAGGGGAUUUUUUAAUUCAAAAAUAUAAGAAGGAGUUGGAACUUUCAAGAGGGAAUAGUAAUAACAAAAAAAAGAUUGGUUUUGGAAUUAACUCCAAAUUGUAGGUUUUGGUAUCAUUCAUCCAUCUGCCACGAAAUUAGCUCCGGCAAUGCUCCUUGUAUUAAAUUAUCAUCUUUAUUGAGUUAUCAAGUACUAUUAAAUUAGGAGAUUUAUUGUAUUUCAAUAAUAGCCCUCGCAAUGCUCCUUGUAUUAAAUUAACUCCGGCAAUGUAUUAAAUUAGCUCCGGCAAUGUAUAUAAAUUAGCUCCGGCAAUCUAUUUAUUGUAUUUCAUUAAUAGCCCUGGCCCCUGGCAAUGCUCCUUGUAUAACUAAUUAGGAAACUAUAUGAGUUGGCUUGUAUUGGGUGUAGUGAAAAUAUAUUCCGAUCCAACUACUUGCGGUAUGUCAACGUGUACUCACAUGGGUUCAUUCAUUAUUUAAUGUCUCGUGUAUCGCGAGAUAUAAAAUACAUGAAGAAAUUCGUCGAUGUGAAUGAACUUCCCAUGGGUCGAUAAAUACCCAUGCAAUUUCCCAAUAUGGAUCACUGCACCAAUAAUUAAAUUAUUCUCAGGUUGUAAUAUUCGUAAGAAAGCACAAGCAAAAGAGAUGGUUCUAAAGCUGGAAGCAAAGGGUGGUAAGAAAGGAAAUGUAUGGGAUGAUGGCGUUCACGAAAAUGUUAGAAAAGUAUAUGUAGGGCAAGGCCAGGAUUGUAUAUCCUUCGUCAAGUUUGAGUAUGUCGAUGGUUCUGAAGUGGUUGCUGGAGAUGAACAUGGAGAGCAAACACAACAAGUUGAAGAGUUUGAGGUUGAUGAAGAUGACUACAUCGUUUACGUAGAAGCUUUCCGUGAGACAGUAACUCAAGAAACCAUCGUGGCUCUUAAGUUCGAGACUUUCAAAGGCAAAACCAAUAUGCAUAUCGAGACGAGUCCGGGGGUAAAGUUUGUUCUCCAAGGUGGCAAAAUCGUUGGGUUUCACGGGCGUUCGACCGAUGUUCUACACUCCCUAGGAGCCUAUGUUUCUUUCUCAUCCACUCUUGAUUCGCUUGGAAACUGGUUAAAGGUGGAGCAAAAAGGAAAGGCCCCAGGGCUAAGAUGCUCACAUGCCAUAGCACAAGUAGGAAACAAGAUUUACUCCUUUGGUGGCGAGUUCACACCAAAUGUGCCUAUUGACAAAGACCUUUACGUCUUUGACCUCAAGACCGGGAAAUGGUCCAUUGCUCCAGCCACGGGAGACAUUCCACACCUCUCCUGUUUAGGCGUCAGAAUGGUGUCAGUUGGAACAAACCUCUAUGUCUUUGGUGGCCGAGACGCGGACCGCAAAUACAACGGUUUCUACUCUUAUGACACGACCAAAAACGUGUGGAAACUGCUAACUCCGGUCGAAGAAGGACCCACUCCUCGUAGCUUCCACUCAAUGGCAGCCGAUGAGAAAAGCGUUUAUGUUUUCGGUGGAGUUAGUGCUACGGAGCGUCUCAAGACCCUUGACGCCUACAAUAUCGUUGAUCAGAAGUGGAAGCAGUGUGCGACCCCAGGAGAAUCAUUUAGCAUAAGAGGAGGAGCCGGCCUCGAAGUAGUGCAAGGGAAGGUUUGGGUGGUUUAUGGAUUCAACGGAUGUGAAAUUGAUGAUGUUCAUUACUACGAUCCCGUCGAAGACAAGUGGACACAAGUGGAAACAUUUGGUGAGAAGCCUUCUGCGAGGAGCGUUUUCGCUAGUGCGGUUGUUGGGAAACACAUUGUGAUAUUUGGAGGUGAGGUAGCGAUGGAUCCACAAGCUCAUGUGGGUCCGGGACAAUUGAUGGAUGGGACUUUUGCGUUGAAUACAGUGACGUUGAAGUGGGAGAGGUUGGAUAAGUUAGGUGAAGAGAAGGAGGUGGAGGGGACAACGAGUGGGUCAUCAGGACUAUCAAUACAUAUUGGGAUCCCAAUCCUAAUAGAUGUAGAUGUUUCGAUCGGAAACCCUUUUGGAGGCCACAAGGAUAAAAAGAAAGAAGAGAAGCAGGUGACUCCAGAGAUCAGGGGAUGGACAGCUUCCACGAGUGCGACAAUUAAUGGUAAGAAAGGGCUCCUGAUGCAUGGUGGCAAAGCCCAGACCAAUGACCGUUUCGAAGAUCUCUUCUUUUACGAGUUUAACUCUGCUUAAACGCCGUUUGAUCGUCACCGUUUGUGAUUGUUUGUGUGAUUCAAUAAGGAAGGGUCAUGAUACUAUAUGAUCCUUCAUCAGCUUUCCAUUUGUUUUCUACUAUGUAUGUUUGUUAUGUUUCAUCUUUUAAACCAAUAAAUUGCUUCCUUUCUUCAAAGAAAGCGCCAGAUAAAAAAAUAGCCAAAUUUUAGAACACAUAGCAUUAGCUUUAGCUUUUAAUCCAGUGAACAAUGAUGGAUGUGGAGACCUUCAUAUGAUGACAAUCGGAAUAUUAUAGUUUCUGUUAGAAAGCACCACAUUCUCUAUAGUACGAAGGUUUUAGACAUGCAUUGUUUUCUUUCUAUAUGAUUUGUGAAUACAAAUAUUUAUCUCUAUCAUAGGAUGAUCACAUAUAAAAAGAGCAAGAAGAUCAAAAGAAGGCCACUUCAACAUUGUUUUACUUGUUGUAUUUUAACGGAUUUGAAAAUUCGAACUAAAUCUACCAUUAUUGGUUCUAUGAUUUUCAAAUAUGUAUUAAAAUCAUGUGUUAUUGGUUUAAUGAUUCAUAAAUUCUAUAUCAAAUCAAGUGUUAUUCAAUCGUACGGAUUUACUAAUAAAUUUGAUUUUAUAAUGGAUAUGAAUAGAUUUGUUUGGAUUUUUUUUGUUAAAUAUAAAAAGAUUCAAAUCCGAAGGUAAACCUCCGGAUUUGUAAAUACUAAUCCGAAAAAAUUUAAAAAUCUGCAUAUUUUACUUGGAUUUAUAAAUACUACAGGGGGAGGGUUAUUGGUAAGUGAAUUCUCAUGAAUUUUGAAUAUUUUAAGAAUCCAUUGUUAUUGGUUCUUGGAUUUCAAAAAUCUUACUCGAAUCCAUUGUUAUUGGUUUAAGAAUUUCCAAAAUCCAUUCAAAUCUCUUGUUAUUCAAAAAAUUUAAAUAUUAUUGAUUCUCUAAUUUUAACUAAAUCUGGUGUUACAGGAGAUGAAUUCUAUUCAUUUUACUCAUAAGACUCAACUUUCAAAAUAUCAUAUGUAUCCAUGUGAUUUUCAAAAUCCUUGUGAUAAAAAACUAGAAAGCAAAAUAAUUAUUCUUACCAAAUAUCUAUUGCAUCUUAAAUUCAAAUUAUAUGUUCAAAAUUAUAAUUCAUUACAUUUAUAUGCUUUUACAUUUUCAAAUACACAAUUAUUUUUAAAAAUAUUAUAGUUUUAAUAUAAUUAUUAAUAACUACAUUUAAAAAUCUUAAUAAUUUUAAAAUAUUAAAAACAAAAAUAAUUUCAAAAAACAUUUUCUAAUUUCAAAAAGAAAAUUUGAAAAAAGAUAUUGUUUCUUAAAAAUAGAAAAUUAUAAAAAUGUUCGAAUUUGAAAACAUAUAAUUUGAAAUUAUAUAAAAUAACUUUUUUUUUUAUUUUUUUUAUUACUUAUACAUUUAUACAACAAGGGGUAAAAAUAGUCUUUUGUCUUUUUAAUGAAACUUAUUUUGGUCAUUUUUUUAAUGCUCUUUUUGUGACAAAAUCUUUUAAAAUGGUUAUUUAAAAAAAAUUGUUCAAUUUUGUAUGUAUUUAGUAUUAUUUUCUUUUUAAUUGAGAGCAAAAAAUAAAUUAUCGUGCUAUAUGAUUUAGAAAAUAAAUAGAUUCUAUAUUUAUUUUACAAAAAAAUGAUAGAAAAGAAGUAAUACAAAUUCAUGAAAAUCUAUAUCAAUCUAAAAAAGUUAUGAUCAAAUUUGAUAAGUCUAUGUAUAUAAAUUUUCACAAUCCACAUAACUUUUUACAAUCUACCAACUCUCAAAAUUCACAAAUUCUACACAGAUUCAUCUCCCAAUAACCCCCUACAUGUAUUUCUAAAUCAAUCAAAAUAUAUAAACAUAUAACACCUAUAAAAAAAGAAGAAGCAAAAACCAAAGAUGGAGAACCGGCCAUGUGGUUUAGUGUCUUUAGAGCAUCCACAACAGUAUACCCCCAUUAAAAUCUUUAAAAAGGUGUUUUUCUGUUUUUUUAACUAUUUUUUCGGAUUUAAAAACAAAAAUAUAUAUAUAUAUAUAUAUAUAUAACCAACCGCGGACCGCCACAUGUCAGUGGGGCCCGCGAAUAGUUAACAGAUUCCACAGAAUUGAUCUUUAGCUAAGGAAUUUAAGGGCACCAACUUGCACAGAGACCUAAAAAUCAUGGGUCCCAUAUAAUUUUAUAAUAAUUUGUUUUUUAAGGACUCCAACUAAGGAUCAUUGUUGCACUUGCUCUUAUGGUUGAUAACUUUAAAUGUGUCUUAAUGUAAACCGAGUGUAAUUAUUUAUAGGAAUUUAACCAAUUCAAAUUAGGACUAAGAACAUCCCAAUCAAUCUGGUUUAGAAUUAGGGUUUUCUUAGACUAGAUAGUCGAUUUUUUUCUUCUUUAAAAACGUGUAUUAUCCUGAGUUUUGGAGAUAAUAAACUAAUAAGCUUUGAGAAUAACCUGUCCUUGUCCAUUGUUUUCUCUUUUCGGCACAACAUUAAUCUUUUAACCUAAGAAAAGGAAUCUCCACGUGAAUAAUCGUUGCCGUUAAGUAAGGUGUACAUGUGCCAUAAGAGUAGCAACACAAUCUGAGAAAAGCCUAUAGUUCUAAAGUGAAGAGUGGCUAAAGUACCUUGGACAAAGGGUGGGGCAGUUGUCCACCAUGACUUUUAAAAUUUCAAUGUAUUUUCUUUAAAUUUUUAAUGAAUGCCCCCAUGCAUAUAAAAUACUUUGUUAAUAUAUUUUAGGUUUUCCGGGAUCAAACUGAAGGUGAAGUACAUCGUCCACACAAAAAGUGCAAGUAGACUCCAGGACAAUCUUCAUCCACCUUUUUCAAAUGAUCCAGGAAAAAAUAAUCAAGGCUGUACCACAUUUGGAGAGCAUCAUCUAAAACCGUAUGUUUUUGAAAAAUUCAGUCGAACAUAUGAUGUAUGUACACUUUUCUGAGAGUGUCUUAGAAUCUUCACCAAAAUAAGUGAAUCGUGCAUUUCUUCUCCAACAGUUCUCAUACCUGUUGAGCAAGCGACACUGUUGAGAAGUACCUUGUGAUGCUCUUUGUUUCCUUCACCGAGAUCCCUUUUUAAACGUUGAAAUUGUUCUCAUUUUACACGUUCAUUUUCCCUGAUACUAGGAGGUUUCAACGAAUUCCACAGUUCCUUGGCUGUCUCCUUCUGAGUUAUGGUAUUCAUGAUGGAUUUUAAUUUCUUAGGCAAGUAGUUAUUCACCUUAACGUAUGUUAGCUUCUUUUCUACAAACUAUUGUCUAUGUUUCUCCAUUGAAUAUAUAUAUCUAUCCUCGGGCUGGCU